CCUUGCUCCCCCCUUCUUUUUUUUGGCUUUGGGAUCCUUCAUUUCAAGGAGCUUCUUUGUUAGUUUUUUGUUUUUGUUUUGAGAGAUCAGCAAUGUCCUCUUCGUUCUCCGCCAAAGCCAAGGCUGGGUCCCUUUGGCCAUCCAUGUCCUUCUUUUCUUUUGCUCCUCGUAUGUCUUUCUCACCCUUUUCCUCCUUGCGACCCCCUUCGCCCUCUUCCCUCUUGUUAAUCCUCUCCAUCAGCUCAUUCAUCUGCAUCGCUCUUGCAGAGUCUGCACCCUCCUUGUCUCCAGCAACUGCCUCCAUCUCUACAUUCUCGAAAUCGCUUGUCCAAACCCAGACUCAGGUCUUGAAUAUACCCUCUGAAACGAAAGUCCUAGUUCAAAGCUCUGAAGAAGAAAUCGGCUCCCCACUUGAACCUUCCAUCAUCCACCUACAGAAACGACAGAAUCCUUCCACAACUAAACCCAAAAAUCCCUCUGCUACCAUGCCUACACCCUCACCCUCACCCUCACCAUCGCAGAUUGUAGCCCUUGCAGACAGCAAAGGUGAUAUGGCCCUUUUUGGAAAACCAUCUGUGAUUGGAGCCUACAAUCUAACCUCGGGCAUCUUGAUUUACAGUGCAUUUUUGAUUCUCUUUAUUGGCGCCGUUGGAUCUGCCACCUGGAGGCGUGCCAAAUAUCGAGAUCAAUUUCGGCUUCAGCAGCAAAAUAACAUGGAAAGCGGUCGAACAGGUCCUGGAAAAGGCUCUAAGAAAGAUGGUGAUGGAGAGUUGUCCAAGCAGGCAUCCAUUAGCAAGCGUGCCUUAAUGAAAGACAUGGGACCUGGAGGAGUGCUAGGUGCCAAUGAGGAUAUUCAGACAAAGAUCGCAGCUGCUAAUGGAGCUGGACGUUCAUUCGAAGAUAGGGACGUUAAUCAGUCUGGCCUCGCUGUCCGCUUUGGGGAGAGCAACGGAAAUAACAAGCCAUCCGCUGGAGCUACUGGUCGUACUGGAGGCAUGAAAAAGACAAAUAAAGGCGACCCUCAUCAAGAAGGUUAUGAGAUGAAUUCGUAUGGACAACCCGGUUCAGCGUCUUACUAUCAGGACAAUCAUGAUACCACCGACUAUAGCCGCCCACCAUUAACAGAAUCUGCAGAUGCAUAUUAUUCUUCUGGAAGUUCUCACUCUGGUUAUCUGGAACAAAUGGAAGACUAUAAUUCUCCAAAGUCCAAGGCUACUUCCUCACCACAACCUCAGUACUCGCAACCCAUUUUUGUCCAGCGUACCAAUUCGAGUCGAAUGCCAAAGGCAGAAUAUCAUGAUGGUAGUCACAUGAGGAGUAACUCGAACGGCAACGCCCAGGUCUCACGGAUAGCCACACAAGGACUGCUGGAUCGGUCCGGAUCCGGUGGACGGUCAGGCGCAAACUCUCCUAUUGAUGGAGGCAUCUCACGUACGGGAAGUAGCGCCAGCUCUGGUCGGACACGUGUUGCACCCAGCCCAACGUUGAUGCAUCCAACACCCAUUGCACGGUCUAACAGCGCAAGACUACCUCCUUCUAUGCGUAUAAAUACCUCUCAAACUUCUUCCAAUCUUAGUCAACAAAACAGCAACUAUAAUAACUAUUCGUAAAGUAUGUUGGCUCUGAGUACGAACCAUGACAA